GCUGUUGGCGCCACGACGCACCUCGAUGCCCUCCAUAGACGCCGCGAUGCGAAUCCGAUGCCGCCAACUUAUUUGAAAGUUUCCCGAGAUCGCGGCAGUUAUCCGAGUGAUAAAAUGAAGUGUGCGACGCGAUAAACGCCCUUUUUCUAAAUAAAAUAAAAAACACAAUGUGCUCACCAAAAACUGUUAUCCUUCUACUCGUUUUCCUGCGUAGAGAGAUAUCCUGUUUAAAAGACGUCAUCUUAGACAUAGAACCAAGAGUGGUGGAAUACGGACGAGAAAGUACACUAAGGUGCAGCUACGAUUUAGAGAACGCCUUGCUCUAUACCGUGAAGUGGUAUCGGGGUCAGUUCGAGUUUUAUCGAUAUACGCCAAAAGAACACCCUAGCACAAAACCGUUGGACCUGGAUGGACUCUACAUAGAUGAAUUCGGUUCCAACGAACACCAAGUCGUUCUACGCAACGUCAGUUUCAAUCUCUCUGGGAAUUUUAGCUGCGAAGUAACUACAGAGCCUCCACUAUUUUCAGUGCAAGCGGAUACCAAAGAAAUGCUUGUAGUCGUUUUGCCGAAGAGUUCUCCAAGUUUAAGUACGGAUAAAAGUUUCUACGAGGCAGGGGACGUGUUGAAGGCAAACUGUAGUUCGCCGCAAUCCCGACCGGCUGCGACCCUUACCUUUAUAUUAAAUAAUAUCGUGGUAUGUGAGAAAUGCGUUACCUACAAGCACCCUUUCAAGGAAUUGUUCUGGAGCGAAUCUUCCCUCGAGUUGCCUUUAUUCCCAUCUCAUUUUCACAAUGGCCGAUUAACUCUGAAGUGCGUGGCCCAAAUUGGAGAUUUAUAUCAGCAAGAUACCGACAUCACUUUUACCAACGUUAAAGAUCCCAUUCCUGCUCGAGUGACGCAGAACUCAUCAAGCAAUCGAAUACUUCACAUUCAUUCCCACAUCCAGCCAGCGUUUGUGUUUUUUUAUUUGUGUUACCUGCAAUACGCAUAGAAUCCGAUAUAUUAUAUUGUUACUAGGUAUCUAUGUACGUUCUAGUCAAAAAAUUAUUGUGAUCAACAUUGCUGCAAAAUUUCGUACUAGUUAUAAAUUUGUACGUUUGAUUUGAAUUCAACGUAAUAAAUUAAUAUAU